CAAAGACUUGAAGGAGUCCUCUGACACACAGAGGUCUGACGUCAAAGCAGGAGUGAAGACGAAUCUAAAGCGUGCCUCCAUGUUCAGCCCUGUUCCAGUGAGGAAGAAGCCAGCUGAAGAGAGAGGCAGACAGGCCCUUCAAAAUAAAACUACUGGGAAAGAUGUUUCCUUCAGACCGUCUCUUCCUUUCCCUUGUAAAACCAGUGUUCGAUUCUCAGAAGCUACACGGGACAACGAGUUCAAGGGGUCCUUGAUAAAGACCCCUGCACGCAUGUCACCCUACGUAACCUCCAGUACCCCUCUGAAGCAGACUGCAGAACCAGAGAAGUGCCACAGUGUGAGGAUUUCAACCUUYUCUACUCAGAAAACUCCAGGACUGUUUGUUUUCACUGGGAACACCAGCACUCUGGGAACUCCUGGAACACAAAAAAAGAUGAACUUUGACCUGAAGGCCAGUUUGUCACGUCCACUCACCUACAAGCCUCACAAAGGUAAACUGAAACCUUUUGGAGAAGUCAAAGAAAACACAUCAGCUAAUAAACCUGUGGUGUCCAAUCCACGUCAGGACAUUUACAAACAGCACAAAGUCCAGUCCAGGGACGAUCGAAGAAUGAAAGAAGUGGACAACCGCAGGCAGAAGAAAGAACGUCUGCUCGGAGCGAGGAGAGGCCUUGUGAUGAACUAGAUCUGUGCUUCAUGGAAACUUUUCUUUAUGCUUCCUGUUCUUGUGUAAAUAAUUUACAGUCUUUUAAGACAACUGUAGGAAAGUAGAGGAACCUGCAUCUCCUGUCCAUCUUCUUUUUAAACAGUUUUUGUACCGUUUGAUAUGAAACAAUUUUAGUUUUUGUUUUACAAUCUUUAGGGGAAACGUUAAGAUAUAAACGUGACCUAAAACAAUCCAUAACAUUGUUUUAUUAAAAUUUCUACCUGUUUUCCCAAAUGUCAUGUUUUGUUGGCUGCUUUUUCUUUUCUAUAAUAAAUCCUUAAAUAUUUGCA